AUGGCGCGGACAAGAAAAGCUAGAAAAGCUCGUCAGCAGCAGCUUCUCACUCCAGCCCCAAGUGGUAAGGGAACACCGAGUCCCAGUACUCAAAAGGCUCCGGACCGAAGUCACACUGGCACACCGGGUGCAAGUGACAGCGAGGGAGGAAGGGGAGGAAGCCAUGUCUCCUUUCGUGAUGGUCCUAAUAAGAAACCAAGAGGAUCUGAAUAUAGCCUGCUCGACGACGAAGUGAUGCAGAGUGGGGGGCCCCAAGACUUGGAUAGUAGGCAAUUGCAGCCGACAAUUGAGUAUGAUGACGAGCAGCCGACUAUUGAGCACGACAAUGAACAAUCGCUUCUAGACCAUAACUUGUACCUACCAUUUUUCAAUGAAUUGAACCAAAAGAUCAAGGCUGCCAAUAAAAAGGAUCGUAGGCCGGCUUUAGGUGGAUGUGUGGACUAUGAGAUUGUCACAAACGCUGUUACUCUUUGGAGACUACGAUAUGGUAAUAUCAAUGUGAACCGAACUAAACGAUUUGUGACGGAUUUCAACUAUACCUACAAUAUGAUCAACGCGUUCAACGAAAAGUUUUAUCUCUCCGAAAACUGGAAUAUCAGCCCCAUGGAGUUGGAGGGAGUACUCAGUUCGAAUGAUAUGCGAACAAUGUACGCAAACGUCGCCAGCAACACUUACAAAAGAGCGCCGCCUACUACUCGGCAACCUAGCGGCUUUCACAAUCUGACCGAAGGCAAUCUGACAGGAUUUCAACAAUUAGAAGCCAGAGCCCAGAGUGAACAGAGGGCUCUUUCUUCCGGGGAAGUUCUAUAUUGGUGGAAAAAGGGUACUGGCUAUCAAACUUUUGUGAAAUAUGGAGAUGUGGAUUCCACUAGGGCUCACGUCUCUGAUAUUCUCGGUGUGGGCUGGAAAGUUCCAGAUGACGAUGAUGACAAUAUAGAUCUGCUAAAUUUGAUUGUCCCAGGGCCUGGUGUUACAUACCCACAGACACGUGUGAUAGUCCUCUGGAGUGAUAGAAGGACUACACUCAAAACAAGGACCUUUAUUCGCCGAAUCGCCACCGGUCCAAGCCGCAACGGUGACAACAUUAUCUAUCAGAAGGCGUUAGAAGUGGAACAAACGCGUGGUAACGAUCAGCCAUCAGAAGACGAGGGCGAUGAAGAAGACUAUGCAGCCUCGCAAGGAUUUGAAUACCCGGAAGACAACCCCCCGAGAAGAAGAACAAAGCGGCGUCCGCAGCCCCAAGAGAUGCGAGAAUCCACAACGUCAAGUUCACGUGCCCCGAAGUACAGCAGAGGCCACUAUGCGAACGUAAAGCGAGGCGAAAGUGGGAGUUCACGAUACCGAGAAAGCUCGUACCAGACUCACGACCUUCGUCGCGAUAUAGAAAAACCGAUACGCCAGCCUACUCAAAUGGAGAAUAGGUCUUCGACGCCGCGGCAGGCAGCGAGGCACUAG